AUGUAAGCUCAACAAGGUUUCAGCUGAAACAAAACAAUCAUGGUUUAUUUCCCUAAGUGGGGAUGAAGUAUUCGACGAGAUUAAAUUGCUCUUUCCAAAACAGGAAGUUGAAAAUUUAUCUUAUGAUGAUAUUAUCAAAAAAUUGAAAGCGCGUUUCGAUAAAACAGAGCCUGCACUUAUGAACAGAUACAAAUUCAGCAAACGAGAUCAAGGUGUUGAUGAAAUGGGUGAAAAUUUCAUUCUAGCAGUAAAGCUCUUAGCUGAAAAUUGCAACUUUAAAGAAUUUAAAGACGAAGCUAUUCGUGACCGGUUAGUUUUCGGGAUGAGAGAAAAGGAAUUACAAUAUAAAAUUUUGAUGGAAGAUGAUAUUAGCUUAGAAACAGUAGAACGAAUGAUUGUGAACAGCGAACUUGCUGGACAGCGAGCUAAAAUCAUUAGCGAGAAUAGCGGUUUAGCGUCUGCGAAUAUUCUUUCCAUAAGACAUCGUUUGGGUCGAAGAGAUGGCUAUGAUCGUCGUCUUGAGGGUCGUGGUCGUGAUUCUAAUUCCGGAUAUCGGGUUCGAAGCAGGAGUCGAGAACGUGAUAACAGUAGGGAGCGAAACAGCUAUGAAUUUAAUCGCAACAAACAGGAGUGGAAUAAUCAUGAUAACGCUAGAUGUAACUACUGCAAACGUAGAGGGCACAUCAGGAAAAACUGCUUCUUAUUAAAUAAGACUAAAUCGGUGAAAUUCGUUGAAGAGGAAACAUCAAAGGAUCCUGUGCCAUUCGACAAGUUCAACAGAAUGAGGUUGGAUCAUUCUGAAGAUGAAUCAGAUAUCGGUUGUAUGAUGAUUUCCAGGAAGAUUAGCAGUAACGCGCCUUGUAUGGUUGAGGUGAUAGUUGAAGGGAAAAAGUUACUUAUGGAGGUGGAUACAGGAUCGGCAGCUUCGGUUAUUAGUAUGGCGAUUUAUCUGAAACAACUUAGCUACAUUACGGUUACCAAAUCAUCAAAAAAACUAGUAGUAGUUAAUGGCGCAAAGCUUUCGAUAUUUGGUGAGAUUUCAGUAGAAGCUAGAUUGAACAGUUUAGUUUACAAGCUAAAACUUAUCAUCUUACAAAGUGAUAUCAAUUUCACUCCCUUACUUGGGCGCGACUGGCUUGAGCUGUUUUAUCCUGAAUGGAGAACUAACUUUGUACCCUGUAAAAAUAUCAUGGCCUUGAAAACGGAUCUCAGUUUGGAGCAAACAAUAAGUAAUAUAAAAUCUAAAUUUGAUAAAGUUUUUACACAGAAUUUUUCUGAACCAAUUACAGGAUACAAAGCAGAUCUAACAUUCAAAAGUUAUCAGCCAAUUUUUAAGCGAGCGUAUGAGGUUCCUUUCAAAAUAAGAGACCAGUUUGUUAAACAUUUGGACAUGUUGGAAAGCCAGGGCGUGAUUUCACCAGUAAAGGCUAGCGAGUGGGCAUCUCCUGUAAUAGCGGUUUUGAAGAAGGACAACGACAUCCGAAUGGUUAUAGACUGCAAGAUAGCCAUUGGUAAUCACGUUCUGACGGCGCACAAGCAUCAACUCAAGAUGGCUCAUGUGCCUUUGGGUCGUUCCAGGGUGUUCGUCUCUCGGAAUAACAAUUGCAAACGUCGGAGAGAUUCCUUAGACAGUGAAGCGGAGUUCCAAGGAUUUCCAGACGAACCGCUGAGCCUAGAUGUGGCAGCGUCAGCGAUGGAUAAACGAAUUACAAACGGAAGAAGUCCCAUUAUCACCCGUUCUCGAAAACGUAGACUAAUGGAAUAAUAUGUUGUAGCGCGUUGUGCUUGCAAAAUGCAUUUGAAACCAUUGAAUGGAGUUUA